AUGGCUUGGGGCUAUUGGGCAUCGUCACCAGAGACUUUUAAGUUUCGCUUCUCUAAACUCCUCUCCCUCACCUAUUUUUGUCCGGAAUCACUCCCCCCGCCGCCGCCACUACCUCCUCCGCCGGCACAGUGUUGGUUUGACAGGUUCCUCACCUCCGCCGCUGCUGACUACGAUCCCCGGUGGACCCACUUCUUCAAUCUGUCCAAGCCUUCAUUUACCCUCCUCCUCCGCCUGCUCACUCCUUCUCUCUCCUCCCUCUCUCCUCUUCCCCCUAACUUCGCCCUUGCAGCCACCCUUUUUCGGCUAGCUCACUCCGCUUCCUUCUCUGCAGUCUCCCGCCGCUUCAACAUUGACUCACCCGCCGCCUGCCGCGCCUUUUACACGGUCUGCAAAGCCAUCAAUGAAAAUCUCGGUCAUUUGUUUGAAUUUAAGUCGGAUAUCAACCGCAUUAUCGUGGGUUUUGGGUGGAUUUCUCUGCCAAAUUGCUGUGGCGUUCUGGGGUUGGAGAAAUUCAAAUUGGAUGGUGAUUUAUUGGGUGAAAACGGGUCUUUGGUAGUGCAAGCUCUCGUGGACUCUGAAGGGAGAUUCUUGGAUGUUUCAGCUGGGUGGCCUAGCACUCUGACACCCGAAAAGGUUCUUCGACAGUCGAAGCUUUUGUCGGGCGUUGAGGAGACGAAAGAGUACUUAAAUGGGCCAUCUUUUGAGCUUAGUGAUGGAAAUUCAAUCCCGCAAUAUAUUUUGGGGGACUCCUGUUUUCCACUAUUGCCUUGGCUUUUAACGCCUUAUAAGAAAUUGGAUGAAAAUGCUGGUUUGAAUUCCUCCGAAAUGGCUUUUAAUUCAGUUCAUAGUAGUGGGAUGGAGUUGGUGAGGAUGGCAUUUGGGAGAGUGAGAAAAAGGUGGAAACUUGUGGCGAAGAAAUGGAGUGAGCAGUGUGUUGAGGCUUUUCCAUUUGUAAUUGUUACGUGUUGUUUGCUGCACAAUUUUCUCAUAAAGUGCAGUGAAGCAGUGCAGGAUGAAGAUGCAGAGUGCUCGAGAGAUCAAGAGUUUCCAGUGUUUGAUGGAGAGGUAGAUGAGAGUGGGAAGAGGAUUAGAGAUGCUCUUGCUUCCCAUUUGGGUAGGGCGAAUGAGAGGAGAUAG